GUCUGUUUGUUUACUUUCUUGGUAGUUGUUAAAUCUACUAUGUUUUUCAUUCUAGCUUUAACAACUUUUAAAUCGUUUAUUGUAAAUGUAGCUAGUAGUAAUUGAUUUAUAUAUUGUAAAUAGUUAGUCAAUAAAUGUUGAUGGAAUUUAAACUUAUUUAAUAUUUUUCUAUCUCUUUAUUAUCACUAUCAAAAUGAGGAGUCGCAGUAAUUCUGGUGCACGAUUAGAUUAUUAUCAACGUUUAGUCCAUCGGACAAUAUUAGAUAAUCAGAAUCCUGUAACUGGUUUGAUUAGAUCCUCUUCACGUAAUGACCAUGCAUGGGUACGUGAUAGCGUUUACUCUAUUAUGGCAGUGUGGGCAUUGUCCAUGGCGUACAAGAAAAAUGCUGAUUUGGAUGAAGAUCGUGCGAAAACAUAUGAACUUGAGCAAAGCUGUGUGAAACUGAUGCGAGGUCUCUUGAUGUCCAUGAUGAAACAGAAAGAAAAACUGGAAAAUUUUAAAGAGACACAAAAUAAAAUGGAUGCUCUCCAUGCCAAAUAUAGCUCCCAGAGUGGAGCUACUGUAGAGACUGAUAGUGGCUGGGGUCAUCUGCAGAUGGAUGCAACUUCUUUGUAUUUGCUUACUUUGGCCCAGAUGACAGCCUCUGGGUUACAGAUCAUUUUCAAUUUAGAUGAAGUGGCAUUCAUUCAAAACUUGGUGUUUUAUAUUGAAUCUGCAUAUUGCAUUCCAAUUGUGACUGCUAAAUGCUUCGAAUGUUUCCAGAGCAGUGAACAUGUUAAUAUCAUUGUCAAUAAUUAUUCUCCUUUCGAAGAAAGGUUGCCUGCACUCUUUUUAUUUUGA